AGCUUCACGUGUUGUUGCCAUGGUGCCGGUGCGUGACUUGACCUCCGCUGCGCACGGAGCAGCUGCCGCCGGGAGGCUGACGCACGGCCGAUAACCUCGCCUGAGACCCGGGCAGCGGAGCGACCGGAGCCUCGCACGGAGAGCGGCAUUGUUCAGCCCGCGAACAGAGGCGUGUGGAGCGGAUCCGGUUUCAUACACCGCGCGCUGCGGCGGGAGAGGAUCUGUUUUGGAUGCGCCGAUACAAACAAACCAACAACCGACCAGAGCUUGAUGGGGAUUUUUUUUUAUUAUUUUUUUUUUCCCAGGAAAGUAAACCGCUUUAAAAUGGCAACCGCCGCCCGCUGCUGGCGACCGUAGAGCGCGAGACUCAGCUCCAUGUGUCCUCGCCGGUCCCUCUAGCAGCAGAUCGGGCAUCAUGUCGGCGCUCUCGACUCACAAGGAGGGCGAGGCGGGCUGGGGCUGUCUGGAGGCUCUGGGUCUCAGUCAGAAGGAGCUGGUCCUGGCCGAGGCUCUGCAGAUGGAGUACGACGCCCUGUUCAGGCUCAAGCAGGACAAGAGCGGCACCGACAGCGGCCAGAGCGGCCCUCCGGACCCCGCCCGCUCCAAGACCCCCAAUUCCUCCAUCGAACGCCCCCGGCCUGCCCCGAGCCAGCCCCUUCCCACCCCCGCAGGAGGAAGCCUGCUGAGGGGCCUCUCUGGCUCUGACUCCUCUCUGAAUCAGCUCGGAGGGUCGCGGUCCUCCCAGUCUGUGACCUCUCGGGCGCCCUCUCUGCAGGGGGGCUACGUCAAAGAGCCCCUGUACAUCCUGGACAGUCCGGAGGUCAGCAAGUUCAGGGGACGGGCUCGGUUUCGGCCUCGGGGACUCGCUCGGAUCCGGGUCGGGUUUCUCUCCAAGGGCCUCUCCUCUCUCCCGGACGAUGUCCUCCAACUCUCCCCCUGGAAGAGUGUUACCAUGACGACGCAAACGUUUUUCACCCUUUGCAUACAAGAAAACAAAAAGACUGAUCUCGUUCUUUCUCUCAGCGCUCAGACUCUGGCCGGUCUGGAGUUUGUUCAACAGUGUCUGAAGUUCGACUGGGACGUCCGACUGGUUCUCACCAAGAGAGCCUCCAUCAACACGGAGCUGUCUCGCACGAAAGAAGACGAUGAGACGAUGUCCACCAUGAACCACAGCAUCCUGCUGCAGGAGCGUCCCAUCAAACAGACUGUCACCCGAGAGGCUCUGACUCUUCUGCUGGAUACGUUCCAUAAUGAAGCCGAGUCCUUCCUGCUGUCAGAGGCGGAGCUGCCGCUGCACGUGGAGCGCCUCGUCCAAUCGGUGAAGGCGCUCUGCAGCUCGUUAGCCGCCGUGGAGACGCCCGACGUGACCGCCGCCCUCAGCCAACUCCCAGCAUGCCCCUGUCGUCUGCAGCCCAAAGUCCUCAAGGAUGCUUCAGUGCUCGCUGUCAGAGAGACAGAGGUACACAAAGUGGUGGAGAAGUUGACGGCGGCCAUCUUGGAUCUGGUGGAGCUCUACUGCAGCACGUUCAACGCCAACUUCCACACGACGGCGCAGAGCCGCUGCUGCACGGCGCCGGUGCAGGAGGCCGGGCUGGUCAACAACGUGCUCUCCUUCAACGUGCACGCCGCCCACCGCAUCCCCAUCGCCUGGGCCGCCAGCUACGAAGGGUUCUUCCUGUCCUGCUCGCUGACUCACGGAGGGGCGGAGCUCUGCGCGCCGCAGCACACCAGCAAGCAGGCGGUCAGCAAAUACCUGUUCCACCUGGUGGUGUGGGACCAGAGGGUGUGCUUCCCUGUGCAGAUCAACCAGCUGCCCAGAGAGUCCCAGCUGACGGUGACUCUCUACGCCAGCUCUCUGCCGCCCCCCGGUGGAGCCGAGGAGAAGGGGCGUCAGCGGCGCAGCAUCGAGGCGCUGGGAUGGGUCACCAUGCCGCUCUUCAACUUCAGACACGUCCUGACAUGCGGCAGGAAGUUACUCGGCCUGUGGCCUUCGGCUCCGGGGGGGACCGGAAACGCACGGACGAGCUCGCCAAACUUCAGCCAGCCGGACAGCGUGAUCCUGCAGGUGGACUUCCCCACCUCGUCGUUCGAGGUCCGGUUCAGUACUCCGUCUCCGGCAGACUUCUGUCCUCAGUACGACUUCUCCAGACUGGAUACCAUCAGUCAGAUCCAGCUGCAGGACGUCCUCCACAAGAAGGCCGUCUUCUGGUUGACGGUGGAGGACAAGCGUCUUCUUUGGGAGAAGAAGGCCUUCUGUCAGUCCGAGAGUGCGGCGCUUCCUCUGGUGCUGGCCAGCGCCCCCUGCUGGGAGUGGUCCUGCCUGCCGGACAUCUACGCCUUGCUGAACCAGUGGGCCUGCCUGGGUCACCAGGACGCCCUGGGACUCCUCCACGCCUCGUUCCCGGACCAGGAGCUGAGGAGGACGGCUGUUCAGUGGAUGGACUCCAUCUCAGAUCCAGAGCUACUGGACUUCCUCCCUCAGCUCGUCCAGGCUCUGAAGUACGAGUGUUACCUCGACAGCUCUCUGGUCCGUUUCCUCCUACGGCGAGCCAUCGGGGACAUUCGCAUCGCUCACUACCUCUUCUGGCUGCUGAAGGACAACCUGCAGGACAGUCAGUUCAGCGCUCGCUACCAGCACCUUCUGGCCGCUCUGCUGUGCUGCGUCGGCCGAGGCCUCCGUGAGGAGUUCGACCGGCAGUGCUGGCUGGUGUCCGUCCUCGCCACCGUGGCCCACAAGGUCCGAGACGCCUCGCCGUCCAGCAGACAGUGCGUACUCAGGGAGGGUCUGGAGGAGAUGAAGCAGUUCUUCUUAGUGAACAGCAGCUGCAGACUUCCUCUGAACCCGGCGCUGCUCGUCACGGGAAUCAACAUCCAGUCGUGUUCCUUCUUCAACUCCAACGCUGUUCCCCUCAAACUGUCCUUCCAAAACCUGGACCCCAGGGGAGACAACAUCAACGUCAUCUUCAAGUCAGGAGACGACCUGCGGCAGGAUAUGCUCACUCUGCAGGUGAUCCGGAUUAUGAACAAGAUCUGGAUCCAGGAGGGUCUGGACAUGAGGAUGGUCAUCUUCAAAUGCUUCUCCACCGGCAGAGGACGAGGUAUGGUGGAGAUGAUUCCUCAGGCUGACACCCUGAGGAAGAUCCAGGUGGAGCACGGAGUCACCGGGUCCUUCAAAGACCGGCCGCUGGCCGACUGGCUGCAGAAACACAACCCCACCGAUGAGCAGUAUGACAAGGCGGUGGAGAACUUCAUCUUCUCGUGUGCCGGCUGCUGCGUGGCCACCUACAUCCUGGGAAUCUGUGACCGCCACAACGACAACAUCAUGCUGAAGAAGAGCGGCCACAUGUUCCACAUCGACUUCGGAAAGUUCCUGGGACACGCCCAGAUGUUUGGGAACAUCAAAAGGGACCGCGCCCCCUUCGUGUUCACCUCCGACAUGGCGUACGUCAUCAACGGAGGAGACAAACCGUCGAGCCGCUUCCACGGCUUCGUGGACCUCUGCUGCGAGGCGUACAACCUGAUCAGGAAGCACACGCACCUGUUCCUCAACCUGCUGGGCCUGAUGUUGUCCUGCGGGAUCCCUGAACUGUCUGACCUGGAUGAUCUGAAGUACGUCUACGACGCGCUGAGACCUCACGAGUCGGAGGCCGACGCCACCAUGUACUUCACAAGGUUGAUAGAGUCCAGUCUGGGCAGCGUUGCCACCAAACUCAACUUCUUCAUCCACAAUCUGGCCCAGAUGAAGUUCGCCUCCAGCGAGGAUCGACCUACGCUGUCCUUCGCUCCCAGGGUCCACACGGCGAAGAGCGACGGGCUCAUCAGGAACCUCUACAUCUGCAGACACAUCAGGGCGGCCAGCACCGGGAAGGGAUACGCCUUCGUAGUGAAGGUGGAGCGAGAGGCUCAGCAGGAGACGCUGCUGGUUCAGAGAACGUUUGAAGAGUUCCAUGAACUUCACACCAAACUGAGACUUAUCUUCCCCUCAUCCAAACUACCCAGUUUCCCGAGCCGUCUUGUGAUUGGUCGAUCCCGUGGGGAGGCGAUGGCCGACCGGAGGAAGGACGAGCUGAACGGUUACGUGUGGCACCUGAUCCACGCCGCCCCCGAGGUCGCUCAGUGCGACCUCGUCUACACCUUCUUCCACCCGCUGCCCCGAGACGAGAGGCCGGGACCGGUGGCCGCCAAACCGGCAGAGGUGUUGUGGUCUCCAGCUGCAGGCAAAGAGCUCGGCGAGGUCAAACUGUCGAUCUCCUACAAGAACGACAAGCUCUUCAUCAUGGUGAUGCACAUACGAGGCCUGCCCCUGCAGGACGGCACAGACCCGGACCCCUACGUGAAGCUCUACCUCCUCCCGGACCCGCAGAAAACCAGCAAGAGGAAGACAAAGGCGGCGCGACGCACCUGCAACCCGACCUACAAUGAGAUGCUGGUGUACGAGCGGAUCCCUCGGGGGGACCUGGACCAGAGGGUGAUCCACUUGCGGGUUCUUGGGGACGGGGCUUUCUGGGAGAACACCCUGCUGGGAGAGACCCUGAUCCCGCUGAAGAGGCUGGUCCCGGGUCAGCACUGGGUGGACUGGCACCAACUGGGCGCCGCCGGCUCAGACUCCGCCCACUGACGGACAGGAAGCAGUGGAGUCCAAAGGGAGAGAAGAAGAGAACCAGUCCUUCUUUCGGGGGAUGGAGGAAGAAGAAAAAAGGAAAGUCCUUUCAAAGUAAAAGCUGUGUGGCGGAUCCUCCCUCUGUGUGAGAGGGAGUUUAAAGUUAAACCGUUUAACUUCACUAACAUCAUCAGUUUAGGAUUUUUGGUUUGUUUUUGGGGAAAAAAGACAAAAUCUGGACUUUUUAACUUUUAGUUUUUUCACUUACAGGACGCUUUAAACUUUCAGAAUGUCUGCUGAUGUGAUUUCAAACAAAUUGCACAAUGAAGUCGUUAAAAACUGAAACUUACUUACUAGUUCUUAUUUUAGCUUCAAAUUAGAUACAAUUAUGUGAACUGUAACUGCCAGCAGACGCCCGUUAGAAUAUUUGUUUAAGCGAAGACGCCUUCAGAACGUUACUGUCCAGAGAAACGUGCGUGUUCCGUAUUUCAGUUGCAAAGUGCGUAGACCUUUGCAUAACAUCUCUGAAUAGUCAGACGGCUAAAUUAAUCUAUCUUUAAAGAGCAGUGAUUUUAAUUUCAAUAAACUGAUCGAACGGAAGGAUGACGCCAAUUUGUAAAAAGUUCGAGUUCGGCUCGAUCGAGGCCUGGACGCCGGUGACGACGGAAGAAUCGUCGGUCAUUAAUCAAGUGAUUCAUUUUGCUCUGAGUUUGAGAGGGGUUUUCAUUUCCUUUUAUUCACUGGUUUUGGUUUUGAAGUGGAUGCGACAUAAAUGAGGUGAAAUGAUUUCUGUCAGUGAGAAAAGAAAAACACAUGAUGAGUUAAAGAUGAAUAUAAUCGCGAUUAAAAGAUUGUUUUUCGUACGUUUCAGUCGGCACAGGUGCAUGUUGGGAGAAUUGAGACGCCGUACUGUUCAGUUGGUUUACAUUGCACAAAAUUCGAACAUACUUUAAUACAGUUUGAUUUCCAUCUUUUGGCAAACAAGAUGAAAAACUGAAUCGCAUCAGAAAAAUAAUUUUUGUUGAGUCAUUUUGAAUUCCAUGUGCGAUUUGUUCUGCAGCUUUUAGUGUCCUGAGGAUAAACACCCUCCGCCCCCCUACUGGGCGUCUGUAGUAGAGCAGUUCAAGCUUCGUCUGUACAUGCAGAGCUUCAGCCUCAAUGUGGCCAGCGGGAUAUUCUUAUAUCGAGGAUGAUUUGAUUUCUCUUGUUGGUGCAUGCGAGACAGAGAUCCGGUUGGCCUUCGUUUCCAUGUUUCAUUCCUUCAUUUUGUUUUCAAUCCUGUGAUUUUCUACUGUGUUUGGUGGGAGGGGGACCUGCAGCAGACAAACCAGCACUUUUCCAAAUGUCACACCUUGAAUAUCAGCAUUCUGAGAGACACAAUGUUGAUUUUCGAGUUUACCUUCUUUAUUUGACCUCUUACCUUCGUGACUCAGUUGAGUUAACUUCAACCACGCCCUUUUCUUUACUCUCACAAAGCGGUUUUAUUGCCUAAACCUGACUUCCUGUGAAGGCAGAACUUUAUUUUGAAAAGACGCUAUGUAUGUAACAGAGUUUAUUUUGACACGCCGUCCCUGAGGUGCAGAAAAGUAGCAUGAGUGUUUCUGUGUGAGGCUCAGGAGCACUGAACUAAGCAAAGAUUUGGGAGACGAUCUAUAAAUCAUGAGUUCUACUUUUGACCCAAAUGCUCUCCUGUAAAUCUUCAAAAGGACCAAAUUGGCACAUUGUCUCAGUACUGAUCCUAUCCGGGUAUAUUCUGAGUGGCGACGAUUAGACGACCCGAUUAAUUGGUCGAUCGACAACUAUUUUGAUAAUCGACAACUAUUUUAUAAAAAAAUGCUGAUUUCGCCUCUCAGAUGAGGAUUUUAAAGACUUCAUACAUUUGACAUGUGAAUAAAUGAUAAAUAUACAUUAGGAUCUGCAGAUUUCAUUAUUGAUCAAAAAGUAUAAUCUGUUAACCCAAGACCUAUUUAGAGAUUUGGUGAUUAAUUUUUUAACAAAAAAGUCCCAAGAAACAAUAUUCCUGUCAGAGAAAAGGAGUUUGUGUGAAGUGAUUAUCUUACAUUUUGUUAGAGUUCAGUAGAGCUGAGAGGAGACGAGCAGUGAAGAAAACCGGAGCAGAAUGUAAGUUCACAGUGAACUGGAUCUUUAAGUACUGUACAGACUCCAUGAAAUGUGACGAGGUUUUCCACGGCAGCGCAGGCUUAUUAAUGUCUAUUAAUUUUAUUCUAAACAUGUUUUGUAUUAUUUGCACUACAAAAUAAACUUGAAUUGAACAAAA